AUGUGGAGUGUCAAGGUUCUCAUACAGUUCAGGGUUCUGCUAGCGGUGCUGUUGCCAGUAGCAGCUUAUCAGUCCUCUGUUCCCACAGACUGUAGUGACAUCUACAGAGCAGGCUCAGGCCAGGACGGGGUGUACACCAUCUACCCAGCAGGUCCCACCUCUCCUGUGCAGGUUUACUGUGACAUGAGCAGAGAUGAUGUCGACAACACUGCAGAGAAGUGGACGGUAAUUCAGCGUAGACAAGAUGGCACAGUAAACUUCUACAGAAAGUGGGAGCACUACAAAAAUGGAUUUGGCAGUGCUGCUGGAGAGUACUGGCUGGGAUUGGAGACAAUGCACCUGCUGACCCAGGCCAAGACUUAUGAGCUGAGGGUAGACCUGGAGGACUUCGAGGGCCAGAGGGUCUAUGCGCAUUAUUCGUCUUUUGCUGUAGGAUCAGAGACCGAUGGAUACCAGCUAAACUUGGGAAAUUUUGUCAAAGGAGCAGCAGGAGACUCACUAAAAUUUCACGAUGGACAAAAAUUCACCACCAUUGACAGAGAUCAAGAUCAGCAUGACUCAAACUGUGCAAUGCUGUGCUAUGGGGGGUUCUGGUAUGCAGCAUGUUUAGAAGCUAAUCCCAAUGGUAUCUACACAUGGGGACCUUCAUCACGUGCAGCUGGUGCACAGUGGAACUCUUUCAAAGGCCUUGAAUACUCUUUAAAAACCAUUGUAAUGAAAAUCAGACCAGUAGCUUCCUAA